AUGGUUGAAUUCAUCGUAAAAGUUGUCAUUGUCAUUAUUCACUGUGCAUGGAAGGUCUCAGUCUUUGUGUUGGUAGAGGAUGCAUACGCUACUUCCACUUAUCCUAAUGUCAGGUACCCACUGAAUGAACCAGCGAAAACGUUGUAUAAAACGUUCGUAUUGAUACGAUGUCAUACUGAUGUGCGAUCUGAUGCAGUGAAAACAAGAAUAGAUAGGUGGAUUGGGGCUUGGCCUCGCUCUGGAGUUGUCGCUCUAGCCAUACUAUUGUGCUCAUAA